AUGACCACGCCGGAAGCCAAAGUCGACGACAUACGAUACGAACAACUCGUGCGCCAUCUCCUACGCUCCGUCAAGGACAUGGAAAACAACACCAACAGACGCCAGCUGGAUAUCCGGAGACUACUGGAAGGACCAUUAUCAUCACCACAGCAGCCCCCCCACGCACGUGAAGUCGCAAUCCAAGCGCAACAACAGCAACGUCUACCACACAACUUCGGCGGGCAAUCGCACGACGCCGUUAACCAAAGAUGGUCCCCUUCUGGUAUCAAAUGGAGAUAUGCUCGCCAAGGCGCACAACUUGCCACCGACGCCGCCAACGAGCUGCACGAUAGUGAUUUUGAGCGCAGCGCCUACAUUGACGCCGUCGCCUACUACCUGCGGGCGUGUCCGGACCAGCUCGACCACGGGGAGACGGCAAAGAUCCUGUCGGCGGCGCCGUGGCUCGCGCAACACCCGCGCCCCCAGCCGCAGAUUGCCGGCAUCGCCCGGCCUACGGACCGCGGCCGCACCUUCUUGUCCGACGCGGUCCAGUACGCCGUGAUUGGCCUCAUACUAUUGGGCCACAUGCUGUGGUGUCUUUUCCUGUCGGCCAUUCGCAUCGGCGCACACCUCGAGCGCGAGUACCAGCUCUCCCACUGGGUAGCGACCAAUGGUUUCGACCUGGUCAACUCGGUUGGGCGACACAGCGUCGCCUGGACCGCCAAGAUCAAUGCAAUGAAUGAAGGCAGGAUCGGCCAGGUCGUCUCCUGGACCAUGGACAGCGUCACUGGCGGCAUCCAGGAGGGCUACGGCAAGGGCAUGGACCGUAUUCGGCGACAGCAGCAGACCAUUACAAGAGAGGCGCACCCCCAGGGUGAUACUGCCAAUGUGACGGCUGCUCCUCCUCCUGAUGAGGGUGGCGGCAUUGUUGGUUUUCGCUGGAGGAAACCCUACGACCGCUGA